GUGAUGGGGACCCAAGUGGAGAGGACCCAAGUGGAGAGGACCCAAGCAGAGGGGACCCAAAUGGAGAGGACGAAAGUGGAGAGGACCCAAGUGGAGAGGACCCAACUGGAGGUGACGGGGAAUCAAGUGAAGAGGACCCAAGUGGAGGUGACCAGAGUGGAGGUGACGGGCACCCAAGAGGAGAAGACACAAAAGAAGAGGAACGACGUAGAGGGGACCCAAGUGGAGAAGACCCAACUGGAGGUGAUGGGGACCCAAAUGGAGAGGACCCAAAUGGAGAGGACCCAAGUGGAGAGGACCCAAGUGGAGAGGACCCAAGUGGAGAGGACCCAAGUGGGGGUGACAGGGACCCAACUGGAGAAGACUCAAGUGGAGGUGAUGGGGACCCAACUGGAGAGGACCCAAGUGGAGAGGACCCAUGA